AUGAGCUUUACGUCGCCAGUUGUGAUCUUCAUUUCAUUACUGCUCUUCUUCGCAGUAAUGGUUAACACAGAGGAUGAGGACGAUUCGGACCAAGAACGACAACGACAUUCCGCACGAGGAAUUACGUAUCGGCGGAGACAACCAGUAUGUGUUCAUGGCAAGCCACUAAAUGGAGAGUGCGAAUGCGAGCAGGACUAUAUAGGAAGACAUUGUGAAAAGAAGAAACAUUGCGCUUCGUUCAGGCGAUUUAGGAAUGGAACAUGUCCAUCUUGCAUACCAGGAUACUAUGGCGAUUAUUGCGAGGAGAUACAUUGCGUGCAUGGGGAACCUAGCCAAAUGGAAACGAAAUGCGAAUGCGAAUCGCCGUACUCGGGAACGUUCUGCGAUGAGCUGAAUACGAAGAAUGUUUACAGCUACUACAAUCGUCGCGUGUACUUACUGGGACCACUAGGUGCUCUGUCACUGAUUCCCAUGAUUGCGCUUUAUAUGGGAUGCGAAUACAUGGCGGGAAAAAGAAGGGUGAAACGUGUAGGACAGAUGCUUGUUGGGCAAAACAUCAGUGUCGGGGAAGAUGUGCUGCAACACCUGCUUUCCAAAAGAGUCUCCGUGGUUUGAAGUCCCACGGAAUUAUCAUGGUACUGAUGUCAGCUCUGAGAUGCUAAAAGAAACGCUAAAUACAUAUUUUGUUGAACGGCAAAAAGAAUAGCACAUAUUUUUAUAAACGUAUAUUUGUAAUUAUAUCCAAGUGCCUUCCUGUGAAAUUCGUAAAUUCCUUGUUUGCGUGGAUUGAACAAUCAUUCAUUUACAUCACGGCUUAUAGGAAAUAUUGCCCCUCACUUAUGAUCUUUGCUUUCGAGCUUAGGUGAAUGAAUCAAUCAG